CGUGGGCGAGUGGUGCGUUUGACGGCUCGGUCCAGUAACUGUUACGAAUGCAGCAUGCAUGACAUUGUGGCUCUUUUCGGGACACGUUUUCGACUCAGAAGUGGUGGCAUUCUUCUUCGUUUUGUUUUUUUACACAACUUUGUCACCCCACGGAGGUUAUCCAACAAAAGUGUGAGUCUUGAGUGUUCUCAGCCCGGAGCAAGUAGCCAACUGUGACUUUUUGCAUGAUGUACACCAUCACCAGAGGUCCAAGUAAACUAGUAACCCAGCGGCGUACAGGACCCACGCAGCCGCUGGACAACAAAACAAACGACUUCAAGCACAAGCAGAUGACCUGGAGUUUGCCCGAUCUCCCCGCACCUAAGAUUGUUUUUAACCGCCCCAACGGCAAAAAGUACCACCUGCCCUGCCCGGGCCUGCCCCCGGACCCCCAGCAGGAGGGGGAGUCAUCAGCAGCGGCCCACGAGGACAACGUGAAGUUUGUGUACGAUGCCUGGCAGGAGGCAAUCCAACAGGAGCAAGGCGACGUCCGGGGGACAGGAGAGGAGGGAAACGCUACGGCGCUCCACUACAAAGACGACACUCCAAGCCCUCACAUGGACGACUUUGUGCCCAUUGAUCUGGACGAGUGGUGGGCGCAGCGCUUCCUUGCCAACAUAGACAAACUUUCCUGACGUCACCCGGGUGGGGAAGUUUCUGGAUCUGGACAAGACGGGUCUGGAGACGGCAGGCCCGAAACGCAGAAAAGGCCCAUUUUGGAGAGGCUCGCAAAUGGACACAAAACUGCAGCCCGGAUGCCGGAGCUCAAAGUACAGGCGCUUGCUUUCCCCUCCACUUGAACUGCGGCCAUUUUGAUUUGGCGUCUUCAGAUGUGAAAACGGGAGGGUGUCUCUUGUAUAUGACAUACGUGUAAUGUUACUUUUUUUGUGUAAAAAUGUGACCAUGUUUUCCAAGAAGCCUCCAUCUUAUUUUGUGUUCCUUCUUCGGU